AUGUUGAACAACAAGUUGCCUAGCACGUUGAAAGUCAGCACGGAACUUUCGUUGAACAACGCUGUCUGUCCACUAUACCGUUGUCGUCGCCAAUAUGUCGUCAGAGAAACUUGUGCUAACAGCGGAAUUGGAUAUAAUUUUAUCGAAAUAUUCAUUAAAAGAGCAAAACAAGUUGAUGGUCUAGACAAUACCUACGAAAUAAAGAAAACAAACAACAAGCCUCACAUGUUGAGCGACUCGUGUCGCGCGCCAACUGUUGCUUAG